AUGACCUUGGAAUCUGAAUUGAUAACAGCGGGUGGAAGAUCAGACUCAGGAUUGGCCUGGCCUGUUAUGGUGCUUGACGGCGGACUGGGUACAACAUUGGAAGAUACAUUUCAGCGUGACAUCUCCACGCCCCUAUGGUCCGCAAAGCCCAUUGAGGAUGACCCGGAGGUUGUCAUCGCUGCGCAUCUCGCGUUUCUACAUGCAGGUGCACAAGUAAUUCUCACAGCGACGUAUCAAUGCGCAUUCGGGACAUUCAAGCGAGCAGGAUAUACACAGGAAGACGCAGUACGCAUCAUGCGGCGAGCUGUACAGCUCGCCGCGGAAGCAAGAAGAAGAUUUAUCAGUGAGCAGAAUGGUUCAGAUCAGAGAGAAAACCUGAAAGACAUCAAAAUCGCACUGUCCCUGGGCCCAUUCGGCGGAACAUUGUCGCCGACACAAGAAUUUGAUGGAUGCUAUCCGCCACCGUAUGGUCCGAAGGAGUUCGUCGCUGGAGGCGCGAACCAAAAUGCAUUUGACGACUCAGAAGAAGGGAGAGCGAAGGAGCAGGUAGCCGUUGACGCACUAAAUUCCUUUCAUCUGGAGAGAUUGCGAAUGUUCUCAGAAGACCCAGAGACGUGGACGGCGAUAGACUACUUGGCGUUUGAGACAGUGCCGUUGAAAAGAGAGGCGGUAGCAAUUCGAAAGGCGAUGCAAGCGUUGAAUGGCGAGCUGGGCAGAGAUGGGAAGAACACAAAGCCAUGGUGGAUUACAACCGUAUGGCCCGAGGGCAAAUUGCCGGAGGAACGGAGGCAUGGAGGAGAGAAAGUACAGAUUGGGGAGAUCGUAGAGGCAACUGUGCAAAGCACAGGCGAACAGCAGGGAGUAUAUCUAGGCGUGCCAUGGGGAAUCGGGAUAAACUGCACCGAUCCUCAGUUCCUGGACCAGCUGCUGACAGAGUUGACAGAUGCAGUGGAGAAGAUCCACGGCAGGGACAACGGUUGCGCUAUAUGGCUUGUGGCUUACCCUAACAGAGGAGUCGUAUAUGAUAUCGGUACCAGGACGUGGACGCAGACUCGAGAAGACGGAAACGAGUGGGCAAUCAGGCUUGCAGACGUGACGGCACGCCAGAUGCAGCGAGGUAUCUGGAAAGGAUUGCUCGUGGGCGGAUGCUGCAAGACGGGACCAGAGGAGAUCGUGAAACUGGCGGAGAAGAUGCAGACUUGA